AUGGCUCGUCGAGUGUCAUAUUUAUUCCGCCUACUCGUGGCUUUCUCCGUCACCAGCGCUAUCCUGACGUGUGCUGUCAGCCUGGACGAUCGGCAAUCCAGACAGCACAGGAGCUACAGCGAAAUCGAGGAAGAGCAGCAGGGGAGCUGUGCGCGGACUUGCGCCGAGGUCAAGUGUGACACCUUGGGUUUGCGUUACGGCAAGUACUGCGGGGUGGGGUGGGGGGGCUGUCCGGGGGAGGCGCCAUGUGAUGACCUGGACGCCUGCUGCAGGAAGCAUGAUAAAUGUGCCGGAGAGUUUGGCGUCCAGGCUGUUCAAUGCCACAAGAACCGCACGCUAUCGACGAUGGACGCGUGGGCGCCGGCGCAGGGGCAGCGCGGGCUCAACGGCAACUGCCAGUUCCUCCUAACGUCCACGUGCGGGAUCUCCUCCACCAAACCAAAUCGCUGCGACGACGGCAACCGCUGCACGGCGGACGUGUGCGCGUGGAGCGGAAACCGCACCGCCGCCGCGUCCGCCUGCGCGCCGUGGCCCGCCUGCCACUUCGCGCCCGCCACCUGCACCAACACGCCCAUCCCCGACUGCGCGCAGCCUCCGCCGCCCUCCCCGCCCCCGUCUAAGAGUACAAAGCCGCCUAAGUCCCCCAAACCCCCCAAAUCGCCCAAACCGCCUAAAAGCCCCCCCAAGUCAGACAACCCUUCGCCUCCGCCGAGCCCUCCGCUUCCGCCUCCUUCCCCCCCUCCUCCAUCGCCCCCUCCUUCCCCCCCACCUCCGCCAUCCCCGCCCCCCUCUCUCCCACCACCUCCAUCCCCCCCUCCUUCGCCUCCGCCCCCGCCUUCCCCCCCUCCCUCGCCUCCUCCCCCAUCUCCCCCCCCGUCUCCCCCGUCGCCCCCAUCUCCGCCUCCUCCCCCCCCAAUCCCGCCAAGUCUCUUCAACGUCCUCUCCUACGGGGCGAAGGGCAACGGCGGGACCAACGACGCGGGCGCGAUCGUAGCAGCGUUCAAGGCGGCGUGCGCGUAUGCUGCUGCGAGCAGCACGCGCGCCACAGUGCUGCUACCGGAGGGAUACACGUUCCUGCUGUCGUCUGCUAUUCGGAUGGAGGGGCCGUGUGGGACUGCCGGCAGUGGUGCUGCUAUCACCAUCCAGAUCGACGGCACGCUAGCAGCAAACCCGAUCCCCGAGGCGAUCAGCUACAGCGUAGAUGCCGUGAUCUACCUGAACCGCCUGGACGGGCUGCGCCUCGUGGGCUCGGGCACCAUUGACGGGCAGGCCGCCACGUGGUGGUCGCGCUUCCGCUCCGGGAAGAAAACUGACCGGCCUGACCUGCUGUACAUCCAGCGGUGCAACGGCAUGGAGAUGAGCGGACUCACCAUCAAGAACCCCCCAAUGUUUCAUGUGAACAUAAAGGACCUGGUGGGGCUGUGGAUCCACCACGUGACCACAGACAGCCCCUACAACAGCCCCAACACAGACUCCAUCAGCAUCGGCCGCGUGCGCUACGCCCUAAUCGAACACUGCUCCAUCCACGGCGGUGACGACAACAUCUCAAUAAAGGACGGAGUGCACCACGUGCUCAUCCGCAACGUGCUCUGCACGGCCGGCCACGGCAUCAGCAUCGGCAGCCUGGGCAUCGGCGGUGCGCUCAACUGCGUCUCCAACAUCACCGUGCAGAACAGCAUACUCAUGUCUCUCUCCAAUGGGCUGCGCAUCAAGACGUAUCAGGGCGGGCAGGGCGCCGUGUGGAACAUUCGUUACGAGAACAUCACGAUCGUGGACUGCUCGAACUCCGUUAUAGUCACGCAGUAUUACUGCGACAAGAACAACGCCGGGCCAGGCGGGUGCACGAUAAAGCCAGCGGCGCUCGGCAUAUUCAAUAUCUCGUAUACGAACGUCACGGGGUUCACAAACGGGACCACAGGGAUUAAUUUCGACUGUAGCGACAGCGUGCCGUGCCAGCAGAUGAGCCUCAAAGACAUCGCCAUUGCCUCGUCCAGAGGUCGUGUUCUCCUUCCCAACUACCGCAGUGCGUACGGGACUGCCACGAAUGUUCUGUCCCCUCUCCGGCCCGACAACAAGACUUUUGUGGAAGGCGGGAUAUCAGCGGCGAAAGCAGACGCGUUCCUGGCUCAGAUCGCCAAGUGCGGAGUAACACAGCCAUGGAACCCCAAUCCACCUCCACCCGUGGCCCCUCCCUCCUCUCCUCCCCCCAGCCCUCCGCCUCUACCCCCCCCCAUCCCCUCCACCUCAACCCCCCCCAUCCCCUCCACCAAACCCUCCUCCCGCACCACCAUCUUCCCCACCCCCAACCCCUCCCCCUUCUCCACCUUCACUUUACCCUCCUCCCCCUACUCCCCCUCCACCCCCUCCUGUCUAAUGACCACUCGAGCUGGAAGUUGGGACUGCAAGGAUGCUGAAUAUGGAGAUCGUGGAGAAAGCCUCAAUGACUCAAAGGUUACAGGUCGCGUGUUGACAUGUUGGGGAUGGCGUCUGUGCACUGAUAGUGCACGUUGUAUAUUUAGCAUUGAUUUGGGUUGGGAUGAAAAGCGUCGGUUGCACAGCAAAUAUGCUCUGCAACAGUUUGCUUUGCCUUGA